AUCCUGUGCUAUCUAGCUGAAAGAUACUCCCGGGCACCCCGCGAUGGACGCGGAUCUGCUAGAAUUGGACACCGGGGGCGCCUCGAAAGAUGGCUCCCAAAGUCAGGGUGUUUACAUUUAUCGACCAGCAGAUAAGAUCAAAUCCUCGGGAGAACGACCGACGAAACGGCGCAAAGUUGCACGAACGGAUCUACCGAAGGCUGCGAAUUCCCGUCCUUUUGUAUCUCUUUUGAACGGCGAUGAAGAUGCAAAGUCCAUUGAACUGCGAUAUCGCAUAUACCAUAAAUUUUGGGCUGCUCAGGAAGCAAAAAUCAAGGGCAUUCUGGAUGAUGUCGACUCCGAGGUCCUCACCAAUGUCCUGUCCUUCGUCAGGUCGACCUCACCCCAAACUUACGAUGGCUGUAUACCUGCGGCGCUAGUCACGGUUGGCUCCAAUGUCUCGUCCCUCGGCCGACUGCUUUCUAGACUCAACGGUCAACUGACAGCAACUGGAGAAGGCGGGGUUAUUGCAUUGGAAUCUGGUGAUGCACCGAACCUUAAGACAACUCUGAAGAACAUCAUCCGCUUCGGUAUCACAAAUACGGAGGGAAAUGAGGGUUAUCAGAGUUUUGUCACUGACCGAGAGGGUCCAAGAGUGCUUGGUUAUGACCUUGACUUGUUGGCAGACUAUGUCAAAAGAAAGGAGGUCAAGAAGCUGGUUCUAGCAUUUCGUGACAGUGAAGCAUUUGACCCUGGUAUUCUGGCGGACCUCUUGUCGCUUUUGAGCUCGUGGCUCGAUCGAAUUCCAUUGACACUUAUAUUCGGUAUCUCGACGUCCGUGGAACUUUUUGAAGGGAGACUACCUCGUUCCACGGUUGCCCUGUUGCGAGGACGGUAUUUCGAGAUUCACGAAGCAAGCAACUGCGUGGAUCGCAUCUAUGGGAGGAUACAAGCAGAACAGGAUGGAAAAUUUUGGCUAGGUCGUAACAUCACCAGCGUACUAUUUGAGAAGUCAAGCGACUCCUUUCAGACACCAGAAGCUUUCAGUCGAACAGUUAAGUAUGCCUAUAUGUCACAUUUCUUCGCCAACCCAUUAAGCGUGCUCCUUGCGGAUGAUGAUGCUGCUACCACAAUACAACGCGAUAAAGUAUGCGAGGCUCUCAGAAACCUUCCAUCUUUCCGAAGGUACUGCGAAGAUACAAUGGAAGAAGGCUGCGCUGAACAAGUUCGCAAGUUAUUGGAAGAUGAUGCCUUCCUUCUCGAGCAAAGCGCCCAGUGGGUAAAAUCGGGUCAGCAGAAAAUGCGCGACAUGUUCAAAUGCGUGGAUAUGGUGCAACGAGCGUUGAAGAAGUUCAACAUCGUAAAGAAAACCAGUAUCUCUGAUCUAGCAAUCCGGGCACUUGCUGGGGAGCUGCAAACCUCUGCAUCAUAUGAGGAUAUUCUUCGAGCAAUCAAGACGCUCGAUUCCGACCAGAUGCCGCUCUUUGCAAUGAUGUUGCCGGACACACUUACGGCUAGCUCUGAUUUUGCGCAAAUUCAAGCAGACUUUGGGGCCCUGCUCCAGGUCUAUCAAGGAACUGAACCACUCAAAAGUGGGUAUGAUAAACAACAUUCAGUCGUGGCGACAACGGUUGUUCAACAGCGGGUGAAACUCAGCAAGGCCAAGGUCAAAUUGCCCAAAGAGAAUGCAGAAUUUACGAAAAUCAUCGAUCGCUUCCAUGCCCUCUUGGAAGCAUGUCUCGAGGAGACUUUGAUAAGGCCUAAUGACUUGGUCUUGCAUGAAAUCUUCCUCCUUGAUAUGAGGAAUCCCCUGAAGGAAGUCUUCUCUCCGCGACCGCGUUUUGCUGUUGAGCGGGCACUCUCGAGUCCUUUCGACUACCUCAUCUCAUCACCUGAAAGUUCGACGGUCAAAGUCUCAGCGCACCAGCCGGCAGCGGCUAUUUUAUAUCAACUGUAUCUAGAGUCUGGCUCGCUAGUGAACGUCCAUGACCUAUGGCAGGCGUUCUAUGCGGUGUUUGAAAGCGAGCAGGGGAAUGGUUGUGAUGAACGGACAGCGAUGGCUCUGUUCUAUAGGGCCUUAUCGGACUUGAAGGCCCUCGGAAUGAUGAAAAGCAGCCGGAAGAAGGUUGAUCAUGUUUCUAAAACCGCGUGGAUGGGUCUGUGAGACGUCAUACCAAAAAUUGCUUUGCAACAUAUCUCUCUUGAAGUUCAAAGGGUAUCAUAAAUAUAAUAAACAU